AUGUUUACGCUAAUAGGCGUGGGACUCGGUGAUGCCAGUGAUAUUACACUGAAAGGUCUAAAUGCAGUCCAGGAAGCUGAUAUUGUUUAUCUGGAAGCUUACACCUCAUUUCUAAUAAACUCUUCUUCUGAAGAACUCUCUAAAGUGUACAAGAAACCAGUGUUAGUAGCUGACCGGGAGAUGGUAGAGAGUGGAGAGGUUCUGCAAGAUGCGUCAAACAAGAAGGUCGUUCUGCUAGUUGUUGGUGACGUCUUUGGGGCUACUACACAUUCUGAUUUGGUGGUACGUUGUCACGAGCAAGGUAUAGAAUGUCGUGUAAUUCAUAAUGCUUCAAUUAUUAACGCUGUUGGAUGCUGUGGACUUCAACUGUACCGAUUCGGACAGGUGCUUUCCCUCUGUUUUUGGACUGAGACGUGGAGACCUGACUCAUGGUAUGAGAGGUUAAAGAGUAACAGGGAAUCAGGUCUUCACACUCUACUUUUGCUUGAUAUUAAGGUUAAGGAGAUAUCAAAUGAAAAUCUGGCACGUGGACGAAAAAUAUAUGAACCACCACGUUAUAUGAAGAUCAAAGAGGCGAUUGAUCAGUUACUGGAGGUUGAGCGAAAUAAGAAGGGUGGUGCUAUAGCAGAAGAUGGGAGUACUAUGGCUGUUGGUGUAGCACGUGUGGGUACAAAUACGCAGCAGGUUGUGGCUGGUACAAUGCUUGAACUUCGAGAGGUUGAUUUUGGUGAACCCCUUCACUCUCUUAUCAUCGCUGGUGACAUCCAUACCUGUGAGGCUGAGCACUUACAACUCUUUCGUUUAAGUUAA